UCCUCUCUUCUUGGACACUUCAGGCAUCUGGUGGCAGGACCCAUCAUCCAUGGCAGCAGUGGAGGAGUCCUGGGACGCUGCAGAAAUAGCAGCUCUGCGGAAGGCUGCAGAUGAUGACUUGGACCUGAACCGUCUGGAGGGGGACAGCGCAGAGGAGCUGGCUGUGCCAGACCCAGAGCUGGAGGCCAUCAAAGCCAAAGUGCGGGAGAUGGAGAAAGAGGAUGAGAGGCUGAAGGAGUUGCAGCUCGAAGCUGAGAGCCGCCUCAUUAUGAGCUCAGAGUCAGGUCUCUUCCCAAAGACAACUGAGGAGAAGAUAGAGGUUGACCAGCGAUCCAUCUAUGUGGGCAAUGUGGAUUAUGGGGGUACGGCAGAAGAGCUGGAGUCUCACUUCAACAGCUGUGGGCAGAUCAACAGAGUGACCAUCCUCUGUGACAAGUUCUCGGGGCAUCCUAAAGGGUACGCCUACAUUGAGUUCGAGGAGAAGAGCUCUGUGAAGGCUGCGGUGGAGCUGGACGAGAGCAUGUUCAGAGGCCGUGUCAUUAAAGUACUUCCCAAGAGGACCAACAUGCCAGGCAUCAGCACCACCGACCGUGGGGGCUACCGGGGCCGCUUCCACGCCCGGGGAGGGCUGGCCCAGCGAGGAGGCUACUAUGGAGGGCAGCACCCCAGGGUGCGAGGGAGGACGUACAGGGGUCGGGCAAGGCUGCUGCCUUGGUAUUUUCCGUACUAG